CGCGAAAUCUUGAACAAGAAAUAUAACCUACAACAUAAAAAACUUUAUUAACAAAAUGAGUAAUUAUUUACUCAUUUGUGAAAAAAAUUGUGAGAAUGAAGUAUUCAACAAUUUACAGACUGUGUUUAUCCCUAAAUGUAAAGAAUUGGAAGAUGCAAACCCAAAAAUAUUCAUUGGUGAACACUUUUACAACAAAAAUAUUAUCAUUGAAGAAAUUGAUAUCCUAAUGAGAUUGGUGCAGUCAGAAUGGUGUAUCAUGCAAAAUAUCGCAUUGUACGAUGAUAUUGUUCCAUAUGAAGAAAUUGUAUAUUCCAGGGAAUUUAUUAACAAGUCCUUUAUGGCAAUCAAAGAUUGUAUACAGCUAUGUACACACCAGCCACAAAAAGAGAGAUAUAUGAAUGAUACUUUGAAAAAGAUCAACUCAUUCUCAAAUCUGGUUGUACCUUUAGAUCAAAUCAGUGAGGAAUUUGUGUUGAAAGUAUCUGCAUUGAAAGAAAAUGAUACAAAGAAUCCAGUUUAUCAAUAUCUGCAUACAUUCCUAGAAUUGCAAUAUUACCUAUUUACUUUGCAGUACUUAUGUAAGGCAUCUGCAGCAGAAAUGGAGAAAGCUGUUGAAAAAAUAUUGACUAGUUUAAUAGUACUAAGUAAAAAACAUUAUCAGAGACAGGUUUCUCAAAUUCAGAAAAAUGUAGGUUGUUCUUGUAUGAAAGACUUCUUGUUAGUUAUUCAACUAUUGCUUCAGAAGACAGUAGAUGAUGAUUUUACUUUUUGGAGAGUGUUCAACAGGGUUUUAGAGGAUGAAGUUCCCUUAUUUUCUUUGUGGUUAUUGAGGCAUGUGGCAGAACUGCAGAUGGUCAAUAGUAAUUUUCAAAUUGAGGGGAAUACCUGUGAACAUAUCAGACCUAAUUAUGAAUUACUGCUGAACAAACUGAAACCCUUUCUUCACAGUGCAGACUCAGACAUGACCCUGAAACUUUUAGAAAUAAUUGAACCCCUGUUAUGCAACAUCUGGUUGAAGAAUGCAAAAAUAGAAGUGUACCAAACCAUAUGGGACUACUUCAGUAAAAGGUUGAAUGUUUCUAAAAAAAAUUAUUCCAGUCAUAGUGCCUUGGAACUCAAUGAAGCAAUUGAAAAUAUACUUUGGUCAUGGACCAAGUGCAAUGAAGAUUUUGAAAAAUUUGUUGGGAUGAUGAUAUGCCAUCUCAAAGAAUAUCCAGCACAUUGGGGCAAAAUGAAAGGAAGGAUUUACUCUCAACUUGGGCCAAAUAAGUUGAAAGAACUAGGGGAGACUGGUAUAGUACAUGUUAUGUUACUUUUCAUUGCCUUGGGAACUAUCAACUAUGAAGAACUUUUGAAGAAAAUUGUUUCAUUCUUUGAAAGCUUGCCCACAGAGAAGAAAAAUACAAAAUUGGUGUGGAAUAUUUAUACAGCAUUUAUGUUUCUACAAGUGAGACAAGGUCAUGAUUUGGAGAAAACAGCCCCACUUUUACUAAAAUUGAUACAAGAAGCAUCCAUGGAUCACAAGGAUUUCCAUUUGAUAAAAGAGUUUGUGACAAACUUUGAAAAUAUAUUGAAUUUUAGUGAUAAAAUGCAAUUACAUCAGUGGAUCUUUUUAGACUCUUGGCUAUCAAAUUACUUACCCUCCUGCUAUUAUGCAGACAUGAAUUCUACUCUAGAUGUUUUGUCAACCACACUAGAAAAGGUAGAAAACGCAGAUUCCUGGAGUUAUUGGAUGGAUCCUUUCAAAGACCAUGUUUUGCCUAUAUUAAAACAAACUUCUAGCUGUUACAAUGCCCCAGCAAUCAUAGGAAAACUAGCUGGUAAACUAUAUUUAAUCAUUGCACAGAGUUCCACAGACAUUUUCCAAUUUUUCACAGGUGAAAAUAUUUCACCAAAAAUAUCUUCUCAGUUUUUAACAGUUGUCUUGGAUAACUAUCCUUCCCAAUUCAUUUUAACAGCUCAACAGGAAGCUCUAGUAGUACAAUCUUGGGUGAAAAUUUGCUUGUUGACCUCAGGACCCUGUGGGGACCUCACAAAAAACAUUAUAAAACUGGAUAUAUUCCCGCAAAUGCUGAAAUCUCACAUAGAAACAUCUCCAGACCCAAUUCAUGCUCUUAUUGAAUACCUGGGAAGUGACAUCAAACACCACCAACACUCUCCUAGUAUCAACAAACUCUGUGAGUUGUCUUUUGGGCAUUUGGACAAAUGGUUGACUCAGUAUUUGCAACGACCAGAAAACGAAACGGCUGUUUUACGAAUUUACACUUGUGUGUACUUGGCAUUUUCUCAUUGUGGUCCUUUGUUGUACCACCGGUCGAGGAAUUCCUGCCCUUUGACCAAGCUUAUACAGUGUAUGCUGUUGUCUAUGGAGUUUUUGACAAGAAAGACUGUUCCUCAUGAGUUCGUUUUGAAUGCCGUGAAGAAAACUUGGCACUAUUUCUACGAGGCAUUAGUUAAAAUGCGGACAGAUUCGGAUAUGUUCUUAGAACGGACUUUGAAGGAUAUGAUAACAAAGUACAUGCUGUAUUUUUCCACGGGCGAUUCCCCUAUUAUAAAAUCUCUGGAGAACGAAGCUGUUGCUCCUGUUGUACUGGAGAAGAUUUGCAGCUCUUAUUUCAAGCAUCCCUUCAAAGAAGAAGAGGCAAAUACAUUGAAGAUCAUGAAAAUUCUUGGGGAUGUGAUUAGAAGCACCACUUCAAUCCCACUUCUGAAACUGAUCGUCAACAAAACAGUUUAUGGGCUUUUUGAGGUGGUGAUUUUCCAUUCACAAAGAAACGCGGCGAUAAGUUUGAUAAAAAUAAUAACUAGUUCUCCUUUAUACCCCCAAAUCAAAGGAGAGUUUAGCAGUGUCAUGUUGGCUGUUACAGAAAAACAUAAUAACAUGGCGUUCAAUACGGUGAACUACUUUCAAUUGAUGAUAGUUUUGGCUAAGUUUGUUCCAAAUGAUGUGAAAGAUUUAUUGGGCAAUGUCAAACAGCAGGUUAUUAAUGUUGAGAGGCUAAGAGGUGUGGGGUUUGAUAAAAAUUUGAGAUUACAGUAUGAGAAACUUGAAGAUGCUGUAAAAUCGAUUCAGUGAUAUUAGUUUUAUGUCCGUUUUUGUAUACCUAGUCUAUAUUUAUAUAAUAAAGAGGAAAGAUUUGAAUGUUUGUUUGUAUUGAAUACGCUCCAAAACUA